UCAGACGCUUGAGGGGAAAAAAUUAAUCAGCUUACAUCGUAACUUAGAGCGGCGUUGAGUCAUUCAAUCGCGGUGGCACCUUGUCUGAUCUCUUGCCUGUUUUCCUUACGAUGUUUUCAGUUCUGUGUUUGGUUGCUUUCACGCAACUCUCGCUUGUUGAAGCCAACAGCGAAGUGGAAGACUUUCUGAAGCAUUUUAACCAGCGCGCACCCAUAGAAGCAAGUAAAAGGGAGAUAGCAGAUUGGAAGUAUUCAACAGAUGUCUCGUCAAAAGAAGCAGCAUCCGAAAAGAAAGUAGCGACUUUGGCUUUUCAAACUUUCCUCGAAAAAGCGCGGAAGAAUGCGUCGCGAUUCAGCAAUCUUGAGGGUUUACCAGAGACACUUCAACGACAACUGAAGUUGCUUCGCACAUCUGCGACUCUGAAAGAUAAACAGCAGCGGGAAGAACUCGCAAAUAUUGAGAUUGAAAUGCAGAAUAUUUAUAGUUCAUCUCAGGUUUUCGACGCAGAGACAGGGAAAAACUUGUCUUUGUCACCGAAUCUAACAGAAAUAAUGGCUUCGUCACAGAGACACGAUCGCUUGAAGUUCGCGUGGCAGGAAUGGCGUGACGUUGUUGGCCCAAAAAUUCGUCCCCUUUAUGAACGAUACGUGAACUUGUCAAACCAAGGCGCCCGCGACAACGGUUUUCGCGACUACGGCGAAUAUUGGCGAUCCUUCUACGAGGUUGAUAAUUUGCCCGAGAUCGUAGAAAACCUCUGGAAAGAUCUUGAGCCGUUUUACAAAGAAUUACAUGCGUAUGUGAGGGUUCAGCUUAUGAAGCAAUACCCUCUCGUAAAAGAGAAAGAUGCCAUCCCAGCUCAUUUGUUGGGCAAUAUGUGGGCACAAUCCUGGACGAAUAUUUAUCCGCUAGUCGAACCGAUCAAGGACAAAUCAAGCCUUGAUGUUACUAAGCAGAUGAAUGAUGAUAAUUUUACAGUAGAUCGUAUGUUUGAGAUCACCGAAUCAUUUUUCUUGUCGCUCGGAAUGGAGAAACUCCCAAAUAAUUUUGUGCAAAGAUCGAUGACCAAGAAACCCGAAGGACGCGAUGUUGUUUGUCAUGCAUCUGCCUGGGAUUUUUAUGUGGAAACCAAAGAUGGAGAAAAGGAUGUAAGAAUAAAACAGUGCACUGAGGUAACGCAAGGCUGGCUUGUCACGACACAUCAUGAGAUGGGUCACAUUUACUAUUUCUUGUCCUACUGGGAUCAACCCUACAUCUUCCGUGACAGUGCAAACCCAGGAUUUCACGAAGCUGUUGGUGAUACCAUGUCUCUCUCAGUUUCUACUCCACAGCAUCUUGUUAAGAUUGGAUUGUUAAAGGAAUAUACUCAUGACGAAGAAGCUGACAUAAACAAUCUAAUGAAGGCGGCACUCAGCAGUAUUGUUUUCUUGCCGUUUGGAUAUUUAAUCGACCAAUGGCGAUGGAAAGUUUUCGCGGGAAAAAUCCAACCGAGCGAAUAUAACACUGAAUGGUGGAAACUGAGAACUAGGUACCAGGGCAUCAAACCGCCUAUUGAGAGAACAGAAAAGGAUUUUGACCCUGGAGCUAAGUAUCACGUACCAAACGACGUGCCAUACAUACGGUACUUCAUCAGCAGCGUGUUGCAGUUUCAAUUCCACAAAGCGGCUUGUAAGUUAGCAGGCGUCGAGGGGCCUCUUCACCAGUGCUCCAUUUACCAGUCUAAGGAAGCGGGCAAAAAGAUCAGCGAGAUGCUACAACUAGGAAAGAGCAGGCCCUGGCCCGAGGCCUUAGAAAGGCUCACUGAUAAGAGGACUAUGGAUGUGAGACCCAUGAAAGAGUACUUCUGGCCCUUGUAUUUGUGGCUUAGAAAACAAAGAUGCUCCAGAAAGUAUGCCAUUGGUUGGCCUGAAAAUCCGGGACCUGAGGAUGACCCAUGCGUGGUUCCAACGACUUUGCCAGACACGGACACUCGACCGGUAACCACAGUAAGACCGCAUGCGCAUGCGUGGUCUUUGAACUCCGCUGGCACAUUGAUAAUGACUAUCGCUUCACUUUUCGUCAGUUUGAACGUAAUUGAAAUGAGUGUGCGCUCCUCCUCUGAACCAAGAAAUUUGAGGGAGGAUCGCAGACCAGGACGCGCUCGUACGGCGCGCGACAUCUCUAACCAAGGACAGUACACAACGGAAAAACGCCCACUUCUUUGUUGGAACCGAAGCUUGCGGCGAAGCUUGCAUUCCGUCCUCACAAUGAAACUCCAUAUAUUUCAUUUCUUUGCUGUUUUUGUCGCGCUAGCGCCGUUUCCAACCUUCAGUGAAGUUGAUCAGGCGGCGGAACUGGCAGCGAAGGACUUCCUCAAAAAUUACAACGAUAUUGUACCCAAAGAGGAUUACAAAACGUCUGUCGCAUCAUGGAACUACGCUACAAACCUGACUGACCACAACAAAGCGAUGAAAACGAACAUAAGUUUGGUAUUCUCCGCUUUCUACAAACAAAUGCGUGAGAAUGCGACCAAUUUCGAUACCUCAAAGCUCUCAGCAGACACCGCGCGUCAGAUCAAGUUCAUUACUUCAACCGCAACUCCGAAGGAUGCCGAAACGCUGAGGAAGCUAACAGAGUUAGAGUCGGAAAUGGAAGAGAUAUACAGCACGGGAAAAGUGGAUGACAAAGGAAAAAAACUUUCUCUGAACCCCGACCUUUACAAGAUUUUGUCUACGGAGCGUAAUUACGAUCGGCUACUGUUCGCUUGGAAAGGUUGGCGGGAUGCAGUUGGCCCGAAGCUCCGAAAUAAAUACACUGAAUUUGUGAGGCUGAAGAAUCAAGGUGCUACGGAAAACGGUUGGAAAGACAUUGGUGAAUAUUGGCGGUCUUGGUACGAAGUUGAAGACCUGGAAGGAAUGGUGGAGGGAUUUUGGAACAAACUGAGGCCCCUCUACCAAGAAUUGCACGCCUAUGUGCGUUACAAGUUGAGCAAAAAAUAUCGGCAAAUGUCUACAGAUGGGCCCAUUCCGGCACAUCUGCUUGGCAACAUGUGGGCGCAGUCAUGGGUGAAUAUCUACGAUCUGGUUGAACCCUACAAAGGGAAGCCGAGUUUAGAUGUGACAGCGAAUAUGAAGAAGCAAAAUUAUAAUGCUGAUAAGAUGUUCAGACUGGCGGAGUCCUUCUUCACGUCGAUUGGACUUGAACCGCUCCCCAGCUCUUUCUACAACAACUCCAUGAUAACCAAACCCGAAGGCCGUGAAGUUAUCUGUCACGCGUCAGCGUGGGAUUUCGGCAUCAAUAAAGAUGUCAGAGUCAAGCAAUGCACUACUGUUACACACAAUUACUUGGUAACCACGCACCACGAGCUAGGGCACAUCCAGUAUUACUUGCAGUACUGGGACCAACCUAACGUCUAUCGCACUGGAGCCAACCCUGGUUUCCAUGAGGCAGUUGGAGACACCAUGUCCUUGUCGGUUGAUACGCCACAGCACUUGCAGAAAAUUGGUUUGCUGAAGGAGGUCAGCAAUGAUACUGAAUCCGACAUAAACGCCUUGAUGAAGAUGGCCCUGCGUAAGGUGGCUUUCCUUCCUUUCGGAUUCUUGAUCGACCAAUGGAGAUGGAAAGUUUUCAGCGGUAAGAUCACUGAGGAGAAUUACAAUACCGCGUGGUGGGAACUGAGGACUAAGUACCAGGGAAUAGAACCUGCUGUGGAAAGGACAGAAAAUGACUUUGAUCCCGGAUGCAAAUAUCACAUUCCAGCUAAUACACCAUACAUCAGGUACUUUAUGAGCUACGUGCUACAAUUCCAGUUCCACAAGGCCGCCUGUGAGGCAGCCGGACAUACGGGACCUUUGCAUACCUGCUCCAUCUACGAGUCUAAAGAAGCGGGAAAGAAGAUCGGGGAUAUGCUGAAGAUGGGAAAAAGCAAGCCUUGGCCGGAAGCUCUCAAAAAACUAACCGGAAGUGAAACACUGGAUGUUGGCGCUCUAUCGGAAUACUUUGAGCCUCUCCGCAAGUGGAUGGUGGAACAGAGGAAAGAGCUGGGGUACACUGGACCCGGAUGGGACGUAGACGCAAAGGCUGGAGUAUCAGCUGUUCUUCCCAGACUGUUCAACACUGUCAUGGGUUCUUUGAUUGUGACAGUUGUUCUCUUUUGCUAGAGAUCUUCAAAAGGCCUGGACCUAGGGCCAUGAUCAUUGCUUUUCAUUAUCAGCCUUUUUUUCUUUUUUUUCAUUGCAAUUGCCUUCGUGGUAAAUCAGCAAUUGAAAUUGUGAUUAAUUGUUUUUCUUUUUAGGUUAUCGAUUAUCGUCUCACGUUUCUUUGACAGUGCAAAAUA